AUAGAACUCACAGUCACAGGAACUCAACUAACAUUCAAUUCCUUUACUCUGCCAUUCCCAUUCUCUCUCUCUCUCUCUCUCUCUCUCUCAAAUCCAUUCAGAAAAUUCUCACUUGAACUCUUACCAUUCCAAUUUCAUCACUUAAACUCUCUUCUUCCUUUUAAAACUGUUCUACUGUCUAUCCAAAUCACCAUGGCUUUUCCAAUCAACAAAGGAGACUCUUCUUCCUCUUCCACCAGCCAGUAUAGAUAUGAUGUAUUUGUGAGUUUUAGAGGUGAGGAUACUCGCAAUAAUUUUACGAGUAUUUUGAUUGGCAUUUUGGAUCAUCAUGGUAUUAACAUCUUUCGUGAUGAUGAGCACUUAAGGGGUGAAGAAAUUUCAGACAAACUUUUCGAAGCCAUUGAAAGUUCAAGAAUUUUAAUCAUUGUAUUCUCUAAAAACUACGUAUUUUCCACUUGGUGUUUGAAAGAACUUGUCAAAAUUCUUGAGUGUAGAAAGAAAGACCAAAUUGUGCUACCAAUUUUUUAUAAGGUGGAUCCAUCAGAAGUACGUGACCAAAAGGGAAAGUUCGGAGAAGCUUUGACAGAACAUGAAACAAAGUUCAAGGAUAAAAUGGAAGUGCAAAAAUGGAGGAUAGCUCUACGUGAAGCCGGUAGUAUAGGUGGAUGGCAUUGCACAAAAGACCGCCCUCAAUUUACUGUUAUCAAAGAAGUUUUUGAAGAGAUCAUCUCAAGAGUUAAAUUAAAUUAUACGAAAAUAUCUGAUGUUAAAUACCCCGUUGGAAUAGAUUCCCGUGUGGAGGAUAUAAAUUAUCUUUUAGAUAUUGAUUCAAAUGAUGUGCGUAUGGUAGUGAUUCAUGGCCUUCCUGGAAUAGGUAAGACAACAAUUGCCAAAGCUAUAUAUGAUGUAAUUGCAUAUCAUUUUGAAGGAAGCAGCUUUGUAGAGAAUGUUAAAGAAAACUCAAGAACAAAUGAUGGCAAACACCAAUUAAGAGAGACACUUUGUUCUGAGAUCUUAGGAGGUAGAACUUUGAAGGAGCUUGGUGCAAUUAAAAAAAUCAAUGAGAGAAAGGAAAUGCCUCAACACAAAAGAAUUCUUAUAAUUCUUGAUGAUGUGGACGAAUUAAUCCAAGUAACAGAUUUGCUUGGCGAAUGCAAUUGUUUUGCUUCUGGAAGUAGAAUUAUUAUCAUAACAAGAGAUGGAAAAUUACAAUCUACUCUUCAAGAAGAUUAUCAUCAUUUAACCGUCUAUAACUACAAGCUCAAGGAAUUAGAUAAACAUGAAUCUUGUGAGCUCUUUUGUCAACAUGCAUUCAAAGAAAACAAGCCUAAGAAAGGUUAUUCAGAACUCGUAGACCAAUUUUUAAGCUACACCAAAGGUCUUCCAUUAGCUUUGAAAGUAAUAGGCUCUAAUUUGUAUCCAAGGGAUGAUAUACGCUAUUGGAAAAGUGCAUUAGAUAAGUACAAAAGAAUUCUUAAUCCAAAUAUUCUAGAAGUACUCAAAAUAAGCUACAAUGGAUUGGAGGAAAGUCAGCAGCAUAUUUUCCUUGAUAUUGCAUCUUGUCUCAAGGGAUUACACAAGGAUGUUGUCGAGCAUGUACUAGAAAGUUGCAAUUCUUAUGACCCAUAUAUAGAUAUUGAAAUACUUAAAGAUAAGUCUCUCAUAUUUGUUGAUGAAUAUGACAAAUUAUCGAUGCAUGACUUGAUGCAACAAAUGGGUUUGGAAAUUAUCAAACAAGAAUCAAAAGUAUCAAAGAAACACAAAAGGUUAUUGUGUUAUGAUGAUGCUUCCGAACUACCAGAUACGGGAUUAGAAGAAGUUGAAGGCAUAACAUUGUGCUUCCCACAACCAAUUAAGAAAGAUGCAAAUAGAUUUUGGAAGGAUGAAAAAUCUCAAAUACUUGACUGUUCGUAAUUUAGUUUGUGAAGAUGUUAAAUAUCUUCCAAAUGAGUUAAGGUUAAUUGAUUGGAAUGAGUUUCCUUUACCUUCCUUGCCAGCCACCGUUAAUCUUCAAAAGCUUGUUGCACUUAAAGUGCCAGGAAGCCACAUUAAAUUGGAUGAGCAUUUUGAGAGAUGCCGGCUCCCAGCAUUGAAAUAUAUGGAGUUCACU